AUGAAUGUGGAGUGUUUGUUUCUAAAGGUAAAGAUAACACUGGCUGAGAAGAAGAACUCAUUGUACAUUGGACAUUUACCAAAGGACAAAGAUGGACAAGAGAUCAAGAAGGAGUUGGAGGAUAUAUCAGAUUGUACAAUCAAGUCAUUCGAGUUUGAUAGCUCAAGUAAACACUAUGGAUGGGCAUACUUCAAGGAUCACGACACAGCCAUCAAGGCCAUCAAGCUCAUUCAAAAGUCAAGCUAUACCGCCACUCUGACAAAAAAGGCGUGA